AUGCCUGGCGCAUCGAAUACGUGGGGCAACUGCGCCACACCUGUAGUGCAAUACGAAAGUCGAGUUGAUGCUCAGGAGUUUGCAAAUCCCUACGAUCUUGCUCCUGGCGGGCCGCCACUGCCCACCUACGACGAAGCCAACGCCAGUACGGAGAUUGCGCCUCACCAGGACAGUCCAACAUUGUCCGAAUACGAUGUGUACGCCAUUCCAGGUCUCUAUGCUCAAAGUGCAAUGGGUCACGGCGAUGCGAGCGAGGCACAUACACAGCCGCUGCAACCUGCGCCUGAGCCUGUGCCGUGGAUCAACGAUGGGCAGAUGCCGUACAUGGUGCCCUACAGCGACAACUCCAAAGAAGUGGUAUCGUCUGGUCACUCAGACGAUAUGGAUUCACAUUACAUUCUUCAGGGUCUGGUAAACGGCUAUGACAGCACGAUUGAUCAUGCUGCUUCGGACGAGGAUGUGCCGAUUCGUGCAGACGACGAAGAGUCGCGCUUCUUGGAAGAGGAUCUUUCGGAGCAUUAUGGUCGUAUCCCUGAGAGACAGCCACGCCGCCAUCGUACGCUUCGCCGUGUCCCGCUGCGCGAUGGUCACCUUGUCCUGGACUGCCCCGUGCCGCCCAAACUGCUGGAAAAGCAGGCCAUUCAAGAGGGCAGCGAGUUUACACACAUGCGAUACUCGGCGGUGACGUGCGACGCAGAUGACUUUGAAAAAGACGGCUAUAUGCUGCGUCCUGCUUUGUACAACACGCCGCGUGAAACAGAAUUGUGCAUUGUACUGACCAUGUACAACGAAGACGAGAAACUUUUCGCACGGACCAUGCAUGGCGUAAUGCAAAACAUUGCAUACAUGUGCUCCUUGAAAAAGUCGGCCAUGUGGGGCGAGGAUGGAUGGAAGCGUGUGGUGGUAUGCAUCGUUGCAGAUGGAUGCAAUCAUGUUAGCAGCCGGACACUAAGCGUGCUUGCAGCGAUGGGUGUAUACCAGGAGGGUGUGCGGCAGACCGAAGUGCAAGGCAAGCCUGUCCAAGCACACAUUUACGAGUACACUGCACAAGUUUCCGUGACACGCAACAUGAAAAUGCUGAGCAAAGAGCGUGGUCUUGUGCCUGUCCAAAUUUUGUUUUGCAUGAAAGAAAAUAACCAAAAAAAAAUUAAUUCUCACCGCUGGUGCUUCAAUGCAUUUGGGCCGGUGUUGCAGCCCAAAGUGUACGUCUUGCUGGAUGUCGGCACCAAACCUUGCUCGCGCAGUAUUUAUCGACUUUGGGAGGCGUUUGAUCGCGACGCCAACGUCGGUGGAGCGUGCGGAGAGAUUGUCGCCUUGAAAGGCAAGCUCUGGCAUGGUCUGGUUAAUCCGCUCGUUGCUGCACAAAACUUUGAGUACAAGCUGAGCAACGUGCUGGACAAACCGAUGGAAAGUGCGUUUGGGUACAUCACGGUGCUUCCCGGCGCUUUUAGUGCCUAUCGCUACGAAGCACUCAAGAACGACGUAAUGGGCCACGGGCCUUUGGCCACCUACUUUGAAGGAGAAAAGCUGCACGGUGGAGCUGGGAAUGCCGACAUCUUUACAAGCAACAUGUAUCUUGCCGAAGACAGGAUCUUGUGCUGGGAGUUGGUGACCAAGCGCAACUGUGCCUGGAUUUUGCGGUACGUCAGCAGUGCACAGGCAGAGACGGACGUGCCACACGAAAUUCCCGAGUUGAUUGCCCAGCGGCGUCGGUGGCUCAAUGGUUCCUUUUUUGCGGCAAUCCACUCCGCCAUCAAAUUUACCUACAUUUAUCGCUCGACGCACUCGACGGUGCGCAAGGUUUUUCUGCAUAUCGAACUCAUCUACCUUGCGAUCCAGUUGCUGUACAACUGGUUCAUUUUGGCCAACUACUUUAUUGCGUUCAGCAUUCUGACAGACUCGCUUGCACACGUUGUGCAUUGGGUACAUGUCCCAGCAGUGAUUUGCUCCUACAUCUACAUUGCCUUUGUCAUUUUCUGCUACUUGCUUUCCAUGGGCAACAGACCAGCAGGGAACAAGCUUGGCUACUUGCUAAGCAUCAUCGUGUUUGGCUUAUUGAUGCUUUUCAUGAUGGUUUCAGUUAUAUACCUCAGCGUGACCAGUGUGAUGGAUGCCGUGCGCGAGACCCAACCCAACGCGAUUAUGUCGAAUCCAACCGUUGUGCGCGUCUUUAUUUCCGUCCUAAGCACGUAUGGGAUCUGGCUCAUUGCCUCGCUGCUCUUUCUCCAGCCAUGGCACAUGUUUACAAGCAUUUUGCAGUAUCUGCUCCUUUCACCAAGCUUUGUAAAUGUGUUUAAUGUGUACGCAUUUUGCAACACACACGACGUUUCAUGGGGCACCAAAGGCAGCGAUACCAACAAAGUACCCCAUGCAGACCUUUUCGUGCCCGGAAAUGUGGUCGAAGUCGCGAUGCCUUCGGAGCCAACCGAUUUGAACGCCGCAUACGAAGAUGCCUGUCACAUACUGGCCAACAAGCCCGUGCGUACGCGGCCCGGAAAAAAUAUGGAGCAGUACCAAACUGACUAUUACGCCGCCGUGCGUACAAAUGUGGUACUUGCAUGGACACUGACCAACGCGGCGCUAGCCAUUGCAAUCUUAAAUCUGCCGUACCAUGUCCACACUGUGUACUUGGCAUUCCUGUUUUACUCGGUCGCCGCACUAUCCUUCUUCCGUCUGUUGGGUGUGAUUGCGUACUUGGUUGCUAAGCUGUUCCCGUCCAAGCAAGUGCCUCAAGUUUAA